UCUUGAUCUGGUUGGUUUCUCUGUUACGUUUCAAAGUUGACGUCUGCACCACCUGCAUGGACCUACUUAUACUGCAUUUCCCUAUCGAUAUCUCUGAAGGCUAGGCUUGAACCAAAGUGUUUGCAGCUGAAGCUGACGACGCUGCUCAGACUGGAUGGACUUAUAACUUGCUAAAGCAGCGACGGCUACUAUGGCGGGACCGCCGAGGCUUCGAAUUCUAAAUGCCAACCUUCUAGCUCAGUGCAAAUGAUAUCUGCGUCAUCUGGAUCUUGCUGCGAUGCCCCUGCUCUGGGCUCCUCUUGUUCGUGAAAGGUAUGUAUGAAAUUCCCGACAAGGAAGCUUCCCUCAGAGAUCUCUUGCAUCUAUAAUUACAUUUGCAAUCUAUCGCAGACGAGGUACUGACAAUUUUAUGUUGCAUUGCAUAUGGUUGCUUCUGCACCUAAUUUACGCUCACGCCAUUGGAGGGAGUUUAUAGAACUAUAUCUCGUUGAACAGAGCAAGGUCAAGCUUGUUCAUGGCUUCAAAGCUCUCGACACUCGUUGUCGACAGCAAACCCUGUCAACGUUUGCGUGACAAUACUGACGCUUGAAGACUCUGGAGGUGUCACCAGCGCUCCUUAGAAGCCAUUUCUCAACGUCUGGUAGCUUCGUGGCACGUCUGUCAAUCAGAAGGGAACAUAGCCCUAUUUGGUCACCUCUCUGGUUGGUAGCAUUGCUUAUGUCGGCCACUCUGAUCCGCCUCUCUCGAACGUGUCAACGGUUGCAAAUAUAGCCCGCUAAAAUUCAACGUCAGCUACUCUAGAAAUCUUACUUUACGGAUCGACCAGAUGACCGAAUACAGAUCUAUGCCAAUAACUGGAGUUAUGACAGGUACCUGAACGCAAAGCGCCGAAUAGAAGAUAUUCCACGUACAGCUUAAUGUCGUUCAUGGAGAUAACAAUGUGGUAUGUGCGAUUACAAGUAGUAGAAGUCCGACAUAGAGAGUGGGGAUCAAGAAGAUAACUGGAUUUGCAGUGACAUGGAUGGACAUAGAUUCGCGUGUGCCGUUGACCCGCUGCUCUUGCCCCCAGGGCCACGCGAGCUUGUUGCUUUGCCGUCCGUUAAACCUCUUCCAGCCACCUUCCCCAAUCUUCACCACAGUUCCUUCAGAAGUUUCUACGGUUUCCCAAUCACGCAUAUAUCUUUUGAACCCAAUCACACCCAUCCUCAGGUUCCCCCUCCACAUAUACGUCCUUACCAUUGUUCUCCUUGUCCCCGUUGUCCCGUUGUUUUCGUACAUUGCCUAUCUGUUUAUUCAUUUUCUUGCGAACUUUUGAUCUCUCAUCUAUGUCGCCUAAACACACAGCAGCACUACGUGCUUGGGGCACUCGUUAUGCUACCCUCGGGAAUUCUACCCCACCCUCGGCCAGUUCCCCCACUCGUUCACCCCCCAUCUCUCCUCCUUCCACUCUCACCCAAAGUACAAACACAUCAGUAUCGCCUAUUCCUAUCCCCGCUUCUCAACAUCAUCUCGAAGGCACUACCAACAAUUCUAUUAAAAACGACAAGAUGCCCCACGACGCCAGCAUCUUUGUUGGGAGCCUUCCUUCUAAUAUGGACCACAUAGAGCUCGGUCGUUUACUUUCGGACCAUCUCUCAGGGUACCCGCAAGUACAGACUGUGAAAGUUGUCCGCGACGCCAAAGGUGGCGUGUGCGCUUUCAUUCAGUGCGAAGAUGCUCCAUCAGCCGCUCAGCUUUUGGACGCCUUCAAAAAGCACCCUCCACGAGCAUUCCUUGGUCGUUACUUGCGUUUCGAGCCUGCCCGCGCGUUCAGGACGCUACUCAUCUCUUAUCGAGCUCCAACAAGGUUUGAGGGAAGCGGAGACCCUCGUGAAGGUCAAACAGUCGAGCUCCCUGUCCAUAAUGCGAUGAGGAUCCAUCGUGCUCAAGGCCAGAGGUACAUUGGAGUGACUUAUGAUGAGCUGGCCACGAACUUUGUUCUUCCUGUCCCGCCCGAGACCGCCGAUGGUGUGAAGCCGAAGGAGGAUGUCUUCAGCGGUGCAGGCAUCCUGUUCGCACCACUUCAAUAUGAUGAUGAAACUAUCCGUCGGAUGGCUGAAGCUUUCGGGCCUCUUGAAUAUUUCGGUCUCUUCACCGCUAGCACCGAUGGUAACGGAUCUACUCAAAAAGCCCGCAUAUACCCACAUAACGCUCGUCGAUCUCCCUGUAUGGAUGAGAGUAUCUGGGAGGUAAAAUGGCGGCACAGGGAUGACUGCGUCUCCGCUCUAACAACUUUGCGCAAAAUAGUGCAUAUAACCAUUACCUGGGCUCAUCGUAUGCCGAACGCGUCAUCUGAAGCAGGGGUAUUUGGUACUCCCACCCAUUCUUCCAGCCCUCACUUCACCCCUUAUUCCUCUCCUCAACAUGCACGCACGCACUCCCACUCCUACAGCCCUCACCUUGGAUACCAACGUUUCGCAAUGGUGCCUGCCGCUAUACCGCAGAUCUACGCUGGACAUCCUGUACCUGUUCCUCUUCGCAUGCCCGGCGGGUCUGGGUCCCUCGAUGGACUGUCACCGGCAUCUCCGGAGAAAUGGACGUUUGCUCAUAGUACGCCCUUUUUGCAGGAGCCCACUACGUCUUUGGCUUCGUCUGGACAAAUGACGACGUCUGAUGCUCAAGCCCAGAGUCCACAGUGGUCCGAGACAGACUUCCCACCUUUGCGUGCUCUUGCCGGAUUGAUGGAUCACGGGAUGCGUUGGGCCGAUUCUACUGAAGUACAGGAGGUUGAUGGGUCGGACCAUGAACCGAGCACUUCACCUUCACCUUCGUCUUCGCUCUCUGUCCAACCUGCUACUCCAGUUCCGCCUCAUGAAGGCUCGAAUGCAGAUGAUGAGGAUGGUGGGGUAGUGACAAGUAGUCCCAGUCGUCUUCGCAUCGAAGUUGAUGACGGACAAGAACUCGCUGUUCCACCCACUCCGGAGUUCUCAGUUUCUUCUCUCACGCCAAUUACGCCUCGGACAGCGACCUCCUCCUUCCCUCGCACACCCCAAAGUGCUCAUCAUACCGGAUUCGACCAAGUCCACGUUGACGAUGGAUCUUAUCGUGGUCCGGUCCAGGAGUUCCAUACACCGCGGAAGGGUGGUCGUUUUGGGGUUUACGGGACGCAAGACGAUGUCGGGUUUGGAGUUGUGAAUAAUCAUGGAGGAAGGGAGCUCGAUCCUUUGACUAUAUUCGUUGGUGGGCUUGAGAUGUAUGGUCCUCAUGCGUGGGAUGAGGAGAAGUUGAGGCGGAUAUUUGAGCAGUAUGGUGAGAUUGAGGACAUUCAGCUUGUUCGGCCACCGAGCAAGAAGUCUGCGUUCUCAUUUGUGAAGUUUAGGAAUGCUGAGGCGAGUAGUCGCGCUGUGGCUGCAGAACACAACCGAAUCUACGAUGGUCGUCAAAUUCGAGUUCAGCUCCGAGACACUAACCCUCAACGCAGUCCAUGGAGGUUUACAAGAGGCCGAGGCCGUAUGCAUCACUUCACUCCUCCACCGCGGUUGUACCACGGUGUGUCUAGUGACAUGUAUGGCGAAAGCACCCACGGAUCGCUUGGCCUUACGCCCACUACCACUUCGGAGACCAUAGUUGCUUCAGAGUCCAGUGGCACCUACAUGAGUUCGGUUUCACCUGUCGCUGAAUCGAAGCAUCGUUCCUCCGGUUCCUCCGAAUCUAUACAGGGAAACUCUCAGUUCGAAGUUCAGAGAACGCAAUCUGCGAAUACGAACCCUUCAAUUUCUACUACGCCUUCGUCAAUGGCUUAUCCAACUACGGUUGGUCCCGUUGCCCAGUAUCCUAUACCUCCUAUGGGUUACUUCCCGCAACAGUGGAUGCCCGCAUAUCCUCCUUCGUAUCCGUACGGAUUCCCGUUCCUGGCUGGGUAUAUGGGUUUUCCACCAUCGACUACGCAGCAGACUUCUGGAGAGGGUCCUGCAGCGGGUGGAGCACAGGCUGCAUGGAUGGGAGCUAAUAAUAUGUACAAGCCGAUGAUUCCGUAUCCGCCGAAUGGCGAGCAAGGUUAUCAUCAAGGACCUCCCACACAGCCUGGUACCCAACCUCCCGUCCGAGCGACAGGUUUCAUUCAAGGUGAACAUGGUACUCUCAUUCCGGUCUACCAACCCGAAGCCUUGGACCAAUAUAUGUCGGGAUCACAACCAAACGCGCAGACAAGACAGGACGACAGCCCUCAGCCCACUCUUCCGAGUCAGGUGCAAGCCACCGCUGCCCCUACUAUGUCUCACCCAAUGCCUAUGUGGCAGCCCUAUCCACAAGUGCCUAUGUAUCCUUACAUGUAUCAUCCUCCGUCGAUGGCGCCUUCACCGACUCAUCCAGGUCAGGCUAAUAUUGGGACGCCAGUUGCUGGGAACGGUAGAUGGGUACCUAACCCUUCUGUUUUGCCCUAUCCAGUAUCUACCCCUCAGGCUCAACAUCUGAGCCAGUCUCAACCACACCUUCACUCAACGCCACCUCCGUACGCUGUCCCCACGCCUCCGGCCGCGCCCUUGGGUCGCGCUCCACAGCAUCGUCCACCGCCUUCUCCAAAUACUGGUUAUAUCCCUGCAUCACAGCAUCAGGGUAGGCCUUAUCAGCGUAGGCAGAUAUAUGGUGGACACGGAGGGAAUGGUCAAGGAAGGAAUGAUAAUUUCAACCGUUCGUUUAACCAGGUCAAUCGAGGUGCUGUGCGGCACUCGCCUAAUCAGGACCAUGGAAGUCAGACUUUGGUGCCAGCUUGGCGGCCAGUCCAUCAUUCGUGAGAUAGUGUCAACAGUUCUUUUUUUCUUUCAACUUUGCUAUUGCUUACCUUGCAGCUGUUUUUGAACCAUUUGACCUAUGUUGUAGUUUAUUUAAUUCCCCUUCGUGUUAAUUACCUGUUAUCAGAUAACGUCUUUCGUUCUUCGCCUCUCAUUCAAGAUCUUUUCUAUCAUCGUCAAUCCCCCUCAUCUUUAGACCGUUUUUAUUCGUAUUAUUUUGAUCCUCGAUAUCUCCGCCCGUCUAUAGCCCUUUCUAUUCCAGUUUUGCCAUUUCUCUCUCCGAUUGAAUGCUGUGUCGAGCAUCCAUAAUAGGAAGCUAUCGUUGGUGGGUCCGGGAAUGCAUAAAGCGGCACACGCAGUAUGAUCUUUGAAUAC